CAAAUUUCUAGCACCAACAUGAAAAUUGAGAAAUAAACUUUGCACUAUACAUUAUAGCUCAUACAUAUUAAUUUCUCCUAUUCAAUGGAAAUUCAAUUUGAGGAACCAAAGAAGAGUUUGAGACCAAAAAGUGACAACAAAUUCAAAGGUAGAAUCAAAAAAUAUGAAACAAAAAACAAGUUUGUUGGGGUGAGACAAAGACCAUCAGGAAGGUAUGUUGCUGAGAUUAAGGACACAACACAAAACAUAAGAAUGUGGCUUGGAACAUUUGAAACAGCUGAGGAAGCGGCUAGGGCUUACGACGAAGCCGCAACACUUCUUCGAGGUUCCAACACUCGCACCAACUUCGUCACGCGUGUUUCUUUAGAUUCUCCUCUCGCUUCUCGGAUUAAAAAUCUUCUAAACAACCGAAUAAAAGGUACCAAACCACAACAAGAACAUAUGAAUGUCAAGAGCAAAACCAUUGAUCAUGUCAACACGGUUAGUGAUAUUACUAAUAGUACCACUAAUCGUGUCAGCACGAUCCAUGAUAUGACUAUUAGCAAUAGUGCUAACAGUGUGAGCAUCAAUAGUACUAUUGAUGGUACUAGUGCUAGGAGUGUAACUAGCACUAAUAGUCUUAUUAGUACAAACUCAAGCAAUAACAACGUCGAUGAAAAGAGUGAUUCAAUUUCAAGUAUUAUGACAAUAGAAAAUAAAAGACUAUUUGAUGAUGCAUAUAGGCCAGAUUUGAGCAAUUUCAAUGAGUUAAGUUCCAAGUCCAAUGUUUCAUGUGGUUUUGAUCCAUUUUUUGAUAAUUUUAUGUCAAACAAUGAUGGAAUAUUAUGUGAUUUGGUUGAGUUGGGAGAUUCACAAUUUGAAAGGAUGAAAGUUGAAAGACAAAUAUCAGCUUCACUUUAUGCAAUUAAUGGUGUGCAUGAGUACAUGGAAACUUUUCAAGAUUGCAAUGAAGCUCUAUGGAAUCUUCCACCCUUUUGCUCAUUUUUAUGUUAAAUAAUAUGUAAUAAGUCUAAAUAUUUCUUCCUUUUUAAGUAUAAAUUCAGUACAUCUUCGCACUUAAUUGCAUAGACUAA